AUGAAGAUUCUCUCAUUCUGCCACAGCUCCAGAGCCAGCUCCCCUCUCCCUGGUUUUAUUGUUUUCUUCCUUAUUUGUUAUGUUCACAGGAUGGAAUCAGCACAGUUCACAGUGAUUGGACCCCAUGACCCUGUCACUGCCAUCCUGGGUCAGGAAGCUGUGUUACCCUGUCACCUGUCCCCCAGGAUGAGCGCUGCAAACAUGGAGGUGAGAUGGUUCCGAUCUGAGUAUUUAUCCAUUGUGCACCUGUAUCGUGGGAAGGAUCAGUAUGAUGGGCAGAUGCCACAGUAUCAGGGAAGGACAGAGCUUUUGAAAGCCGGACUCACAGAUGGGAAUGUUUCCUUGAGGAUUCUCAAUAUCAGACGCUCUGAUGAAGGACAAUACCACUGCUUUGUUCAAGAUGAUACUUUUUAUGAAGAAACCGUAUUGGAACUGCGGGUAGCAGAUCUGGGCUCUGCUACUCUCAUCUCUGUUGAGGGUCAUCAGGAUGGAGGGAUCCGGAUGGUUUGUCGAUCAGCUGGUUGGUACCCAGAGCCUGAGGUGCUGUGGAAAGAUCUCAGUGGACGACAUUUACCAUCACUCUCUGAAACAAAAUCCCGAGGGAAUAAUGGCCUGUUUGAAACAGAAACUGCGAUCAUUGUAACAGAACAUGCAAACCAAAACUUGUCCUGUUGCAUCAGGAACACCUUUCUCAAUCAAGAAAAGGAAUCAGCAGUUUAUAUAGCAGAUCCAUUUUUCCCAAGGGUGAAUUCCUGGAUGGUGGCUCUCAGUGUGAUUCUGGUGGUUUUGUUUGGUUUCAUUGGACUCACUGUUUAUCUCUUUAAAAUAAAAGGUAAAUAUCAGAGGGAGAAAUAUACUUUACAUACAGAAAUUGGGUGGAGAAGAUCUGUGGCACCUAUAGAAGAAGCGAACGUGACUCUGGAUCCAGACACGGCUUAUCCAGAGCUUGUCUUGUCCGAGGAUCGGAAAAGUGUGAGAUGGGGAGACACACGACAGCAUCUGCCCGACAACCCUGAGAGAUUUGACACUGAGCCCUGUGUGCUAGGCUGUGAGGGAUUCACCUCGGGGAGACAUUGCUGGGAGGUGGAGGUGGGGGAUGGGGGAUACUGGGCAGUGGGGGUGGCCAGAGAGUCUGUGAGGAGGAAGGGAUGGAUCAGUCGUAGCCCUGAGGAGGGGAUCUGGGCUGUGGAGUGGGGGGGUCAGUUCCAGGCUCUCACGUCCCCUGUGACCUCCCUGCCCCAGCGCCGGGCCCCCAGCAGGAUCCGGGUUUGCCUGGACUGUGACCGGGGGCAGGUGACAUUUAUCGAUGCUGGUGACGAGGCCCCGAUCUUCACUUUCCCGCCAGGCUCCAUCCCUGGGGAGAGAAUCCAACCCUGGCUCCGGGUGGGGCCAGGAUCCCGGCUCAGACUGUGUCCCUGA